AUGGAGGUGGAUGGCUUUCUGAACGGGCAUCUUCAUGCAGCGAAAUCGGUUACCACCGCGUCAUCCACGACGGUGGUGUCUUACGACCCUGGAUAUGUAGUCCUCUCAUUCUUCACCUCGCUGGUGGGGUGUCUUACCACCAUCGAACUCUUACAACGCCGGACAUCGACAAGGGGUCUUUACAACUGGUUUCUUUUGAUCGCCUCGGCGAUAACAAUGGGCGGGAUUGGCAUUUGGGCAAUGCAUUUUGUCGGUAACAGAGCUAUCGUUCUUGAUCAUGGCGACUCUCAGCGCCAGAUAUUAUACAACCAAGGUUUCACCGCGGCCUCGUUCUUCCUACCUAUCGCCGUCUUGAUUUUCGCAUUUUACCUCCUCGGAACGCCCGCCAAAGCUCGCCAACUUCAUGUCGCUGUUGCAGGAAUUCUGACCGGUGCUGCGGUGUGCGGGAUGCAUUACAUGGGUCAGCUGGGGGUCGAAAACUACAAUUGUUCCUAUUCUCCCGGAAACGUGGUUGGCGCUGCGAUAAUAUCAGUAGCUGCAAGCCUCAUAUCUCUCAGCCUAUUCUUCCGGAUGCGGGACAAAUGGUCUGAUCUCUGGUGGAAAAGAACGCUUUGCGCAUGUGUCCUGGCCAUGGCAGUAUCCGGUAUGCACUGGACCGCAGCAGCUGGAACCAUGUAUCACUGGAAAGGUGACUUGGCUGUACAUGGCGAUUCUCGAACCCGAACCUCGGUGGUGGCCUCUUGCCUGUCCAUGGGCGCCUGCAUCGUACUCCUCGUUGUUAUCGGCAUACGAGGGCGCAGGCGUCACAAUGCCAGAAUUAGAUCUCAACGGCUUGUGCUUGCUUGUGCAUAUUUCGACGACGAGGGAAACCUCAUGAUCACCCAGGAUGGGCUCCUGCCUAAUACCAAGAUAACCAAUCAUUAUGUUGAAAAGACAUUUGGCGAGGACGAAUUGAGCAGGACUCAUGAAACCUUCCUUUGGAUUUUUCAAGCUUCUCACCAGUGGAAGCUUUUCAAGGAUCUCAUACCCGGCAUGAAAAAUGAUGUCGAGACAGAUCCGACCAUGCACAAGUACCGCCCUGGAUCUACUGCUACAACGCUCCCCGUUGACACCAGUGAAAUAUCACUCAAUUUUGCCCGUGUCUUCAAGGAGUUAUUCUGUGUAGCUGCUCAGCAACUCGCAAACACGAUCCAUGAGCCUCUUGAGAAAGUCGGUGUUUUGUUCGAGGAGCCCAUGGACACCGGUGCAGUCUAUUGCCCUCCGCAAUCACCCAAAGGCCUCCGAAAAAUGUCGCUCCUUUCCACCUAUACCAUGAGCAAUGACGUUGAAAGAGGCAUCGUCUCUAAAACGUUCACGAGAGGUAAAUAUCUCUUUCUUGUGCGCGAAGUCAAUCGUACUGAAGCGGCCAAAUUUGCCUCCUUGGGUUAUCGCUUCGCAUCUGUUCAGCAAAUUGCAGACUCUCUUGCCAAUAGCAUGCAAGUCAAUCGUUCCGACCUUGUGGAAAGAAUGCUGCGAGUCAGAAAGAGUUCAGCCCGAUCAUUUCUGCCCCCCCCGGGAACAUAUUUGGCAUGUUUCAUGCUGAAGCCCAGCAUGUACAAAAGCUUCGACCUCCUCGUGCCGACUGAUAAACAGAAUCAGCUUCCACUUGUCACAUUACAGAUACCUGAUCUUUCUCCCGAACAGAAGAAUCAGCUGCAGUCCUUCGAUGAGAUGGCAAUCAGUGAAAUCCUUAAAGCCUUAUUGAACGGAGGAACUGCGCGAGCCAUCGACCAGGCAUUUCGAUGGCAACUGUACAACGCGUUCGUGAAGCUAGUGGACUUCAUUGGCGACUAUGACACCAUGAUGCAGGCCAAAUUUUCCGCAAAAGAAUUCUGCGUUUGCGGUCAACAUGGUGGUAGGUCUUCGUCGACGAAGAACUGCACAACUUGUGUCUUCUACACUGUCCGCAUUUUGAGGGACAUUCACGCAUCGCCUACGAGGAAAGAAUUGACCUUUGUACCUCUAUCUUUUUUCAGUGUCCAACAACAAGUUCAUACGGACAAUAUGGACAACGAAGUCUUCGCUCAAACUGUCGAGCAACAAUUCGGUCACCUACAAAAGGACGCGCAGAAACGAGGAAGAUCUAGUACUUCUGGGGGAAGGACAUCAAGUGUCGCGGAACUGAAUGGCUCAAGAUCCGAGUCGCCAAAGUCCCCGAGGUCACCAACAUUCAUAUCUCCAUUCGGGAGAUCAGCAGUCAGCCGCCGAAGUGAUGAGGCAACUAUCGUGGAUUAUGAUAGGAACUGGAAAGAUUCAUCAGCAAUAGAAAUGAGGCGUGUGAGAUCAUGCGAAGGAGACAGCCCUACGCGCAGCAGCCAGUCGCCGAUUGGCGAAACGAAAAAUUGGGUGAGCGAGCUUUUUGGCCUUUUCCAGUUGAAGCCGGAAGGUUGGUCCGCAUCCAAACCAGGUGGAUGGGGAUUGAAUAUCAGCGUGCAGAAUUCGGUGGAGAUUGAGACUCAGGAUCGUCGCAAGGACAGUAGUAAUACUGUCAGCACAUCAUUCUAG